AAGCAGGACUGCUAACCAGCUAGCUGUCAACAAAGGGCAAAACUGUACCAAAUCAGCAAAUCCAUGUGGAAGUCGGCGCUAUUGCGGACUUUGAGCUCCUUCCUCUAAAUCGCAUUUCACUUCUCCGUCAGCUGAAUCUGGAACAUGGCGACAACUGCUCAGCUGUUCGAGGAGCCCUUUGAUGCAGAUGAGUACAUCGAGAGGUUAGCAUGGAGGACGCCUGGAGGGGGCUCCAAAGGAGGAGCUGAAGCAUUUGACCCCAAAAGGCUGUUGGAAGAAUUUGAGAACCACAUAGAGGAGCUGAAGCAGUUGGAUGAGAAGAUCCAGCGGCGGGUGGAGAAGCUCGAGCAUCAGUGUCACCGCGAGGCCAAGGAAUUUGCCCACAAAGUGCAAGACUUGCAGAAAAGCAACCAGGUGGCCUUCCAGCAUUUCCAGGAGCUCGAUGAGCAUAUCAGCUAUGUGGCGACCAAGGUUUGUCACCUUGGCGACCAGCUGGAGGGGGUGAACACGCCUCGGCAGCGGGCCGUGGAAGCUCAGCGUCUGAUGACAUACUUCAACGAGUUCCUGGACGGAGACCUACGCAGCGACGUCUUUAAUAACCCAGACAAGAUUAAGGAGGCUGCUGAUAUAAUUCAGAAGCUGCAUCUCAUUGCCCAGGAGCUGCCAUUCGACAGAUUUGCUGAUGUCAAGGCAAAAAUUGCAAGUAAGUACCAUGACCUGGAGAGGCAGUUAAUCCAGGAGUUCACAGCUGCCCAGCGCAGGGGUGAGAUUGGACGUAUGCGGGAGGUGGCAGCGGUUCUAUUACAUUUCAAGGGCUAUGCAUACUGUGUGGACGUCUAUAUCAAGCAGUGUCAGGAGGGGGCCUACCAGAGGAAUGAUGUGUUUGAGGACACUGCAGUCCUCUGCCAGAGGGUCAACAAGCAGGUGGGCGAGGUCUUCAGCAGCCCUGAGACUGUGAUGGCCAAACUCAUCCAGAACAUCUUUGAAAACAAACUACAGGCCCAUGUUAAGGAAAAGCUGGAUGAGACACGACACUCUGAUGUGGAACAGUACCUCAAGAACCUCUAUGACCUUUACUCCAGGAGUACAGCAUUGGCCACCAAGCUGACAGAGUUCAACCUGGGCUCAGACAAGCACACUUUCCUGUCCAAGCUGAUAAAGAGCAUCUUCUCCUCGUACCUGGAAAGCUACAUUGACAUAGAGAGGGAUUACCUUCGCACUCGAGGUGCCAUGAUUCUGCAGCGCUACUACGACUCCAAGAAUCACCAGAAACGCCUUAUUGGCACCGGCAGUAUUCAAGAACUCAAGGAGCGGAUCAGACAACGCACCAACCUCCCACUCGGCCCUAUCAUUGACACACAUGGGGAGACCUUCUUGUCCCCAGAGCUCGUUGUCAACCUGCUGCAGGAGACGCGACAUGCCUUUGAGAGAUGCAACAGGCUUUCAGAUCCUUCAGACCUGCCCAAGAACGCAUUUUUAAUCUUCCUGCUGCUGGUUGACCAUCUGUGUGUGGAGCACGUCGACUACGCCCUGGAGAUAGGCCUCUCAGCGAUUCCCUCAUCAGAUGCCAAAAAUGCCAACCUGUACUUCCUGGAUGUGGUUCAACAGGCGAACUCUAUCUUCCACUUGUUUGACAAGCAGUUUAAUGACCAGCUCAUGCCUCUAAUAAGCUCAUCUCCAAAGUUGGCAGAGUGCCUGCAGAAGAAGAAAGAGGUGAUUGAACAGAUGGAAGUGAAACUGGACACAGGGAUCGACAGAACGACAAACUGUAUGGUGGGACAAAUGAAGCACAUCUUGACAACAGAGCAGAAGAAGACUGAUUUUAGGCCCGAAGACGAGAACAACGUGAUGAUCCAAUACACUACAGCCUGCUCCAAGGUGUGCUCCUACGUCAGUCGGCAGGUGGAGCACGUACGAAAAUCCAUGGAUGGGAAAAAUGUGGACACGGUGCUGACGGAGCUGGGCGUUCGUUUCCACCGGCUGAUCCACGAGCACCUGCAGCAGUACAGCUACAGCUCCAUGGGAGGCAUGCUGGCCAUCUGCGACGUGGCGGAGUACCGACGCUCCGCCAAGGAAUUCAGGGUCCCUCUGGUGCUGCAGCUCUUCGACACGCUCCACGCCCUCUGUAACCUCCUGGUUGUUGCCCCUGACAACCUGAAGCAGGUGUGUUCAGGUGAGCAGCUCACCAACCUGGACCGAAACCUCCUGCACGCCUUCGUCCAGCUCAGAGUGGACUACCGUUCCUCCAGACUGGGCCGACACUUCAGUUAAUGACUGGUUCAUCACCGCGCUGCCCUCCGUCCAGUUAACCAUGCUUUGAUGAAACAAUGCACCUUGAAGACACCCAUCCCUGCUGCAGAGGACGCAUCAGCCCGGCCCCGGUAUACAGACUAUUGCGGGGUUGCUUUGUACACCAUGGAGACGAAGGCUACUGCUCCUUGAAUGUGGGAAAUGUGCAUUUUAUCUUUUUUUUUUUCAUUGUUAAAUUCUCCAAGCGGAUGAAAUUUAAAUGUCUAUUGAAUUACAAUUUAAUUUGUUUUUAAAUACUAAUCCAACACACCAAUGCACAUGGAUAACAUUUCUGCCAUAAUCUAAGUAAAUGGACAUAAUCAAUUUCUGUGCUUAUGUAAAAAGGAAACUUGUUUUUGAUUGUGCCAAAUAUAUAAAUUCUGUGGCUGCAGUUGUGCAGAGAAAAACUC